AUGCAAAUGGUCAAGGAUGUUCUAGCCAACAGUGAUAAAGUUUCAGAGGUCCUACAAGAGUCUACUCAUCAGUUCAACCUGCUUACUUCACCCACCUUCCUACCAAAGGUCAAGGAUCAAGGGAAAUUCACUCUCCCUUGCACACUUGGGCAUCUUGAGAUUGACAAUGCCUUAGUGGAUUCUGGAGCAAGCAUCAAUCUGAUCUCUCUCUCCAUGGCAGAGAAGCUAGGCAUAGCUGGAGCCUUGCAGCGCCCUACUACUUCAAUCAUCUUUGGAGAUGCAACUACUAAGUCUCCUCUUGGAGUGUUCAAGAACUAUCACUUGAAAAUUGGAGAAUGCAUCAUCCAAACUGAUCUCACUGUGAUGGAAAUGGAAGAAGAGAAGGAUUUGCCUUUUAUUGGGAACCCCUUUCCUUAUACCAAUCUCAGUUCUAAGAGUCAUGGAGCUACAAAGGUUGUGAAGGAAAGGGUUGACAAGGAACCAAGAGUUGGGAAGGAUAAGGAUGAGAGAGGACCAAGGAUUGAGAAGCCACGUCUUGAGAGGGCUAGAGUUGAGAAACCACGAUCUGAUAGGCCAAGAGCUGAGCGACUUGUUCAAGCCCCUUGUGUGCUUGAUGAAGAGAGCCUUCAAGCUUUGUUUGAUGAGCCACUAGGAAGGGCUCUACAAGAAGGGGAGGAUGCAGCCUCUAAGGCAAGACCAGGAGAUAAAAGAAAGGAUCCACCAGCUCAGGCCCCUUCAGUCAAGCCAUCUCAGCUCACAAUGACCUUGUUCCCCACCAAGUUUGAAAAUGGGAAGAUUGAGUACAAGAUAAGGUACAAGGGGAGAUCAAGGCCAUUCUCUAGAGCCAAGGCCUUGGUGACUUCAGAACAGUCCAGGGACCCAACCAAGCUAAAGGAGCUUCUGUCUCAAGUCCUCACUAUCACCCUUGAUGGUGGGACUAGCUCAACCAAUGCCUAA